AUGCAGGAGCUUGCCCGAUCGCUAGCGCAUGCUAGAGGCGAGCUCAAACGGCUACGGGCUGAUAUGACGAAGUUCAAGGCCCAAGAGCGACAUCGAAUGAAAGUAGUAGAAGACAUCGUCAAUAGCAAACAAAUUUCUAUCGCCCAAGUUGAACAAAUCAAAUCUGGCAAUUUCGAACCGCUGGCUAAGAAGAGUAAAAUUCUUCCUCCCGAAACCGACGUUGACAGAAAGUUGAAGCUCUCUCAGACGAUUGCGUCUCCCAUCGGUCAUGUUUUAUCCUCUUUUCUGACAAAAUCUGGCACUCCUCAUCAACCGGGGCAGCUGGAAACAUCUUCUAUAAUCAAACUAUCGCAGGGAUCAACGGGAAAAUCAAUCAAACAGCGUUGGAUGCCCAAGGACGCUCUAGAAGGAUUGGAGGACUAUUCCCAUUGUUGGAUUAUCUUUCACUUCCAUCUCAAUGAUCCCGAAUCGAAUGGAAAAAAGUCGAAAGUGGCUCCACCACGAGGAGGAGGGACGAAAGUGGGAAUUUUUGCAUCUCGCGCUCCAUAUCGACCUAGUCCAAUUGGCCUCUCUCUCGUUGAAAUAGACAGAAUUGACCAUGAUAAAGGAGAAUUGGUGGUCAAAAACUGCGAUCUUGUUCAUGAAACUCCAGUCCUAGAUAUCAAGCCAUACAUACCUGACUACGACAAGCCUGGCGAAGACAAGGAUGUAAAAGUGGCGAAGUGGCUAGAAGAGAAGAAUGCGAAAGAAUCUGAAAUCGCAGGAAUAGGAUUUACGGGAAGAGCUGACCAACAAAUGCAGGAGCUGUUUUCGGUUUCAGAAUACGACUCUGCUGAAGCACUAAAAAGUGCUCUUACGAGAAUGACGUAUCACGAAGAAGACUCGAGAUCGAGUGGAGGCUCCGGUGGAGCGCCUGGAAAAUGCCUAAUUAUUGGAGACUCCAUGCUUCAAAAAGUGAAUCCUGAUGGUUGGGAGCACGGAGCUUACUACUUUGCAUAUGCCGGGAUCAAAGUCAAACAGUUGAUGCAGCAAAUAAAAACCGAAGUCCUGCCGCCACCUACAGAUAUCAGUGUAGUAUUUCUACAUGUUGGAACAAAUAAUGUUUCGACAAGAGCAGAUUUGAAAGAGCGAGAAGAUGUUUUGGAGCCGCCAGAAAUUGCCGAGGAUAUCAUGAAUGUAGUUGAUACUCUUCGCAAACACUAUGAAUACGCGCACAUUAUAGUCAGUGCAAUAUUACCAAGACUUGAUCCAUGGAAACUUGGCGAUCUCGAGCGCGUGAGCAGCAUCAACAGCGACUUGAAAAGAUCUGUUCACGAUACUUACCUGAAAAACAUCAAAUUUGUCGACUUCUCAGAUCAAUUUCUUUCCAACUGGAAGAUCCGAAAAGAGUGCUAUCGUUUCUUUUAUGAAAGGCAGUUAGAUGAGCCCGACUUAUGUCAUCUUUCUGAUGAAGGAAAUGUCCGAUUCAAUGAAUGCUUAAAAACAUGUCUCGCGGGUGCGAUGCAUGAAGCGCGCUCACAGUGGCCCAGAGAUGCAAAACUACUGGGUAAAAGAGAAUGGGACGAAUUCCGCCGCCGUACAUUCAGAAGCCGAGAUAAUCCACGCUUCAAAUAUACGAACUACGAGCCUAGUCAAAAAUCAUAUGAUCGGUUUAUCAAGUCGAAUCCUCGAGCAGCGGAAACCAACGGAGAUCCCAAUCCUAAGAAAAGCGGAGGAGGAUUUAACAUUUCUGAACUACUGCUAUUGAAAGCUAAGGGUCGAAAAGAUGCGGAAGAGCGGGCGCAGGCCGCUGGCCAAGGAGGCCGUGAUGAGAGACGACAGAACUCCCACGAUGUUAUCCCUUUCGCUCCUCUCGCCGGCUCUCCUGUCUUAAAGCUCCAAGAAAUGCUUUUGACCCCUCGAAAAGACGAACGAAAGAUCGAGCGCGAACUACAAACCAACUAUCCUCAUGCAAUAAUCGAAACGAUAGAUCUCCACCGUGGCGAUGCCUACGAAACUGUCGCCGAGUUCCCGAGCUUUGGCGUCUCAGCCAUUGCUCGAAGUGCUGCCCAGUCGAAGCUUAAUUUGAAACAAAAACUAGAAAAAAUAUUUACUCCCGAAAACUGA